AUGGCGGCUGCAAUGGUAGCAGAGGCCAGAAAAGCACCGCGACCGGGUAAAGGAGGCUUCGAAGGCCACGGCCUCACCGAAGAAGAAGCGCGCGUGCGAGCCAUAGCAGAGAUCGUGAACUCCAUGGUCGACCUAUCUCACAAAGGCCACAAAGUGGAUCUCAACGCUCUCAAAUCCGCCGCGUGCCGUAAGUACGGCCUCUCACGCGCCCCCAAACUCGUCGAGAUGAUCGCCGCUUUACCUGACUCCGAACGAGAGGUUCUUCUUCCUAAGCUUCGAGCUAAACCCGUCCGAACUGCUUCUGGAAUCGCCGUUGUUGCCGUCAUGUCAAAGCCUCACCGGUGUCCUCACAUUGCCACCACUGGUAACAUUUGUGUUUACUGCCCUGGUGGUCCUGACUCGGAUUUUGAAUAUAGUACUCAGUCUUAUACAGGUUAUGAACCUACCAGUAUGCGCGCAAUUCGAGCAAGGUAUAAUCCUUAUGUUCAGACAAGAGGUAGGAUAGAUCAGCUUAAGCGAUUAGGUCACAGUGUAGACAAGGUUGAGUUUAUAUUAAUGGGUGGAACUUUCAUGUCUCUUCCCGCGGAUUAUCGUGAUUACUUUAUAAGGAAUCUUCAUGAUGCUUUGUCGGGACACACCUCUGCCAAUGUAGAAGAGGCGGUAACGUACUCUGAGCAUAGUGCAACCAAGUGUAUUGGCAUGACAAUUGAAACGAGGCCAGAUUAUUGUCUUGGGCCUCACUUGCGACAGAUGCUUUCUUAUGGUUGUACACGAUUGGAGAUUGGAGUCCAAAGUACCUAUGAGGAUGUUGCUCGUGACACUAAUAGAGGACAUACUGUUGCUGCGGUAGCUGAUUGUUUUUGCCUGGCUAAAGAUGCCGGUUUCAAGGUUGUUGCUCACAUGAUGCCUGAUCUUCCAAAUGUUGGUGUUGAAAGGGACAUGGAAAGUUUCCGAGAGUUUUUUGAAAGUCCAAAGUUUAGAGCAGAUGGGCUUAAAAUAUACCCCACUCUUGUAAUACGCGGAACUGGGCUUUAUGAGCUCUGGAAAACUGGCAGGUAUAGAAAUUAUCCACCUGAGCAACUUGUGGACAUCAUAGCAAGGAUCCUUGCAACGGUACCUCCUUGGACACGUGUUUAUAGAGUUCAGCGGGAUAUUCCGAUGCCUUUGGUUACUUCUGGGGUUGAGAAAGGGAAUCUAAGGGAGCUAGCAUUAGCUAGAAUGGAAGAUUUGGGAUUAAAAUGUCGUGAUGUUCGGACCAGAGAAGCUGGAAUCCAGGAUAUUCAUCACCAAAUUAAGCCAGAAGAGGUUCAACUUGUUCGUCGUGAUUAUACAGCAAAUGAAGGUUGGGAAACAUUUCUGUCAUAUGAAGAUACUCGGCAGGAUAUCCUCGUUGGUUUGUUGCGACUGCGAAAAUGUGGCCGAAACACUACUUGUCCAGAGCUUAUGGGAAAAUGUUCUAUUAUUCGUGAGCUCCAUGUUUACGGAACUGCUGUACCAGUUCACGGGCGGGAUUCUGAUAAGCUACAACACCAGGGUUAUGGUACGCUUCUUAUGGAGGAAGCUGAACGGAUUGCUUGGAAAGAACACAGAUCAACUAAGAUAGGUGUGAUUUCUGGGGUUGGCACACGCCAUUACUACAGAAAAUUGGGAUAUGAACUUGAAGGGCCUUACAUGGUGAAACAUUUAUUGUAA